GUCCUAACCGCUCUCCGUAGUCGGGGCAGCACUGGGCUCUCUGCAGUUGUUGUAGAGAGGUGGGCCCGCCCUCCACUAAAACACAAACUAAAGUCAAUGUGCAGAUAGGUGGAGAGUGUCGGUGAUUUUUUUUUUCCCCGUCUGCCACAACUUAAUGGUGAAAGUGUUUGUUGCGGCGCAGAUAAACAGAGCAAACAGCUUGGUCGUUUGCUUGUAGACAGUGACAGCUAGCAGUUAGCUAACUCCCAACAGGGGCUAAAAAUAUUCUCCUGCGAAGUGACCUGAGGUGGACACAGCAGAACAGCUGGUGGGGAAACUACGUGGCACUGCAAAAAAAACGUGAAGCACCAUGGGCAACACAAGUGACAGAGUGGCCGGAGAUCGGCAUGGUGCCAAGGCCCAUCGCUCAGACAGUGGCAGCAGUUCCAAAGACCAAGAACCCAGCAGCAAGAUGGUGGACAGCACAGAUGACCCCAACACCUUCAACACACAUGGACCCGAAUCGAAGGCAUCAGGAGAGAAAGAAUUCACCCCAGAUUUAGAUGAUCUGGUUAAAACUGGUCCUCAGGCUCGCCCCACUGUGAUCCGCUGGGCCGGAGGUGGGAAGGAGGUCUACAUUGCUGGUUCUUUUAAUAACUGGAACACAAAGAUACCGCUAAAUAAAAGCCAUAAUGAUUUUGUGGCAAUUCUGGACCUGCCCGAAGGAGAGCACCAGUACAAGUUUUUUGUAGAUGGACAGUGGGUGCAUGAUCCAUCAGAGCCGGUGGUAACCAGCCAGAUGGGAACUAUCAACAACUUGAUCCAUGUGAAAAAGUCUGACUUUGAGGUGUUUGACGCCCUUCAGGUCGACUCUUUGGAGUGCUCCGACACGUCAGACCUGUCCAGCUCUCCUCCUGGUCCAUAUGGACAGGAGCAGUAUGUCUUCAGACCUGAGGAGCACUUCAAAGCCCCGCCCAUCCUCCCGCCUCACCUCCUUCAAGUCAUUCUCAACAAGGACACCAAUAUAUCUUGUGACCCUGCCCUGCUGCCUGAACCCAACCAUGUCAUGCUAAAUCACCUAUAUGCACUUUCAAUAAAGGAUGGAGUAAUGGUGCUGAGUGCGACUCACAGAUACAAGAAGAAAUAUGUCACUUCUCUGCUUUACAAGCCUAUCUAAACCUCAGCUCGGGUUCCCCCCAGUGCUUUUAGCAGCAUGUUUAUAAUCUGCUGUGGGUUUUUUUUUUUUUU